GGGGAGACGGAAGGGCAGCUGGGCCCUGUGUGAGGCUGGGAGGCAGAAAGCCCGAUGGGUAGCACCAUGGAGCCCCCGGGGGGUGCGUACCUGCACUUAGGCGCUGUGACGUCCCCGGUGGGUACAGCCCGAGUGCUGCAGCUGGCGUUCGGCUGUACCACGUUCAGUUUGGUUGCUCACCGAGGGGGUUUUGGGGGUGUCCAGGGCACUUUCUGCAUGGCUGCUUGGGGCUUCUGUUUUGCCUUCUCAGUCCUGGUGGUAGCCUGUGAGUUCACGAGGCUCCACAGCUGCCUGCGCCUUUCCUGGGGCAACCUCACAGCAGCCUUCGCCAUGCUGGCGACACUGCUGUGUGCCACGGCCGCCGUCAUCUACCCUCUGUAUUUCACCCGGCUGGAGUGCCCACCUGAGCCUGCCGGAUGUACGGCCAGAAACUUCCGCCUGGCAGCCAGCAUCUUCGCCGGACUCCUCUUCCUGGCCUAUGCUACCGAAGUGGCCCUGACUCGGGCACGGCCAGGUCAGGUGGCCAGCUACAUGGCGACGGUGUCCGGCCUCCUCAAGAUCGUCCAGGCCUUCGUGGCCUGCAUCAUCUUCGGGGCACUUGUCCAUGAGAGUCGCUAUGGGCGCUACAUGGCCACACAGUGGUGUGUGGCUGUCUACAGCCUGUGCUUCAUGGCCACAGUGGCUGUGGUGGCCUUAAGUGUGAUAGGACACACGGAGGGCCUAGGGUGCCCGUUUGACCGCCUGGUGGUAGUGUAUACCUUCUUGGCUGUACUCCUGUACCUCAGUGCUGCAGUCAUCUGGCCGGUCUUCUGUUUUGACCCCAAGUAUGGAGAGCCAGCGCGGCCUUCUGACUGCCUCCGAGGCAGCUGCCCCUGGGACAGCCAGCUGGUGGUAGCCAUCUUCACCUACGUCAACCUGCUGCUCUAUGUGGCCGACCUCGCCUACUCCCAGAGGAUCCGCUUCGUGCCCACCUUGUAGCCCGGCCAGUGAAGGCCCGUCCACCUCCUCGCUUUGGCUGAGAGCACCUACAGCUGACCAAGGUGAACAGAGACACAGAGAAACAAAAGGAAGGUUGGGGGUUUGUGCAGUUCGACUCUUGGACAUCUGAGUGAAGGGGAGACAGAGGAAGGGCAGAGGGGCAGGAGGCCCCACACAGGGGAGAGGGAGGGCAACUGAUGGGCUCUCAUUCUUCCUCUCCCUGCGUCUCAGCUUCCUGGCCAUCCUUGGGCUCGGUGCUAGUUGCUGUACCAAAUGGGCACUUUUUUGGAGCAUAUGCUGGUGUGGUUCAUUUUUCAGAUGGGAGCAGGAAAGCUAAGUGAACUUCAAGAGGCAGGGCAGGA